GAGUAAAGAUUUGUUAAUUUUUUUUACCCCAAUACAGUUAUCCAGUUUACCCCAAUCCAGUUAUAAAAUUAUAUUUAUUCCCAAGAUAUAACACAAUGUUAUGGUAUGCAACUGAGCUUGUAAAUGCUCUGAAGUCAGGUUUGAAUACUAUGUGUACCUCUGACGCCUUCUCCUGGGUCUUGUUUCCUUUGCUUAUCAAGGAGAUGAAUAUUGAUGAGCAGAGCAUCGCAAAUGAAAAUGCUUACAAAGAGAUGAGGUUGGGUUCCACCAAGGCCUAGAACUGUACUGUUAAGAACAGUUCUGCACAGGCAAUACACGAAUGGCCCAAGGAAGCUCGCAAGUAGACUUUCAGGUUUUAAAUGACCUGCGGCAAAAAUUCCCAGAGGUGCCUGAAGGUGUUGUUUCCCGAUGCAUGCAACAGAAUAACAACAAUCUGGAUGCUUGCUGUGCAGUCCUUUCUCAAGAGAGUACAAAGUAUCUGUACGGUGAAGGUGACGUGUCCCCUGAAGAGUCAAGCAUUGCUGGUUUAAGGAAUCACAUGACAUCCCUUAACUUGGAUUUGCAGUCGCAGUAUCAUGAGGGCAGGGAUGGAAGCAGAAUAAAUGGAAACAGCAGGACUUUAAGUCACAGCAUAAGUGAUGGACACCUACAGGGAGGGCAGUCCAACAAUGAACUGUAUCAGCAAGAACCACAGACUGCACCUGUUAUGCCUUCUAGCUAUAAUGUCUUUGGGAUGACAAAUACAAUUAAUGCUUCAAACCCAGGUCAUCAAUUUGGACUUCAGUUGGGCAGCAAAAGCUCAUCAGGCAUGCAGACAACCAGGUUCAAUCCUAUUAUGGUUACAUUGGCUCCAAAUAUCCAGUCUAAUCGUAACACCCCUACAUCUUUGCACAUACGUGGUGGACAGCCGCCUGUACUUAACAGUCCGCAUGGAAAUUCUAUAUAUAUUAGACCUUAUAUCACUUCUCAAGGUGGUACAUCGAGACAAACUCCACAGCAAUCAGGCUGGAUGUCUCCAAAUCUUACACAACAGCAAGCUUAUCAUGCCGCACAGCAAAAUCCUUGGACAACCCUUCCUUCUUCUUACACUCAGUCACAUACCUCAGCACAACCUAACCAGCAGGGUCAUCAGACCUCUCAUGUGUACAUGCCUAUUAGUUCGCCCACCAAUCCUCAAGCCCCAGUGCUUCAUUCAUCAGGUGGUUCCCAGCCUUCAACCCAAUACAACAUUCAGAAUAUCUCAACUGGUCCCAGGAAAAACCAAAUAGAAAUUAAACUUGAACCGCCCCAAAGAAGCAACUCAAUGCUACGUACCACAAGUUCUCGAAGUUCCACUAAUCCUUCUGCUUUAAACAACCAGUCUAGGAACCAGCCUACUGUUUACAUUGCAGGUCCUCAAAACACAGAUGACAAUUUAGGCCGUAGCCAGCCUAAGGUCUAUAUUUCAGCUCCUGGUGGUGAUGAACAGAUUGUUAGAAAUCAGCCAACACUUUUUAUUUCCGCUAAUCCUGGUGCAGCCAGUACAGCCAGAAAUGUCUCUGGGCAAGUAAGCAUGGGACCUGCUUUUAUUCAUCAUCACCCACCCAAAAGCCGUGCACUUGGAAACAACAUCUCUGGGACAUCACCUCGUGUUGUAGUGACUCAGCCCAAUACAAAAUAUACUUUUAAAAUAACUGUGUCCCCAAACAAACCUCCUUCAGUUUCCCCUGGUGUUGUGUCCCCAACCUUUGAGCCCACAAAUCUUCUUCCAUUUGCAGAGCCUGAAGGUAUCCAUAUAACGGACCCUAUUUUAGCACAUGAUAGAAUAAAUGAUGUAAGGAAGCUAAGCGUGGGUUCAGAUGAUGCAGCUUAUACACAAGCUUUGUUGAUACAUCAGAAGGCGCGAAUGGAACGACUUCAUCGAGAACUAGAAGUACAAAAGAAAAAGCUGGACAAACUUAAAACAGAGGUUAAUGAAAUGGAAAAUAAUCUCACCCAGAGGCGCUUAAAUAGGUCAAAUUCAGUUUCACAAAUUCCAUCACUGGAAGAAAUGCAGCAGUUAAGAAGUUGUAACCGGCAGCUGCAAAUUGAUAUAGACUGUCUCACCAAAGAAAUAGAUCUUUUUCAGGCAAGAGGGCCGCAUUUUGAUCCCAGUGCCAUUCAUAAUUUCUAUGAUAACAUUGGAUUUUUAGGACCCGUGCCACCAAAGCCAAAAGGUACACAGUCUGUUGAGCAAAGAUCCACUAUCAAAACGCCAACAAAGGUUCCUGACACAGAAGAUGAUGAGGGAGCUCAGUGGAAUUGCACUGCAUGUACUUUUCUGAACCACCCUGCCUUAAACCGAUGUGAACAGUGCGAUAUGCCCAGAAAUUACUGAGCCAGUAGGUCAGUUUUGGAUAUAGAAAAUCUUCAAACAACCUUUAUAAAUGAUAGAAGAAGGAAUGGCCUUGUGGUGGUUUACGAAUUGUAAACAUUAGACCACAGAAUAAUACCUCAGUGUUGUAUUGUGCGCAGUUGGGUUUUUACCCUUUUCUUAAAUUCUCUGAUCAGUAGAAGACUUAUACACCUGGUUCCCAGCUGACCACCUGUACCAUGUACAGUAUUAAAAGCCCUUAAAGAUUUCUCACUGUGCCCAGUGUUUGGGCCCUUACUACUUUUUCUCAGUAAGUUACUGGAUCGUUUUUGGAUAUGCAGAAGAGAAGCAAAGCAAGAAAUGUUAUUGGCUUUUCUUUAUAAAAAAAUAAAAAUAAAAAAAGGCAACCCCAAAAACAAACACUAAAAACUAAGGAUUUGCAGCUAGCUGCCGGCUGUUGCCAUCACAUGAACAGAGGAAGUACUGUGCAGUUCAUGUGUUUAAGUGCCUCUCGGGAACCUCCCAUGACUUGUGAAACCAGCAUCAGUACAAUCAAGUGCAACAAAGAUGAAAAACUGCAUGUGUUGUCUCUGUACGAUAAAGUGAAAUUACCUAAAGCUUUUUUCCAGUUGUACAUAGCUCUGAAGCCUGCUUCAAGUGACCCUUUUUUUUCCUUCUCACCGUUUAUUAAUUUCAUCUUUCUUCUGUAUGUAUAGUGUAAUAGGUUUUUGUUAGUGUUUUUCUUUUAUUUUUUGGCACAGUCAGUCCUUUUUAGAUCUUUUAUCCAAAAAUUGGUGCCUUUUAACUGGGUGGUGGGAGGGAGUAAAGCAUUGUGCAUAGUUUUGAUUUUGUUGGUCAUCUCUCCACCACAGAACUUAUUUUACUUUUAUAUCCUGAUGUCCUGUGAAAAAACACGAAAAAGGCACAAUGUUUUACCAUCUUUUUCUGUACACAUUGAACUUUACAGUGGGUGACUCUCAUAUUGACCUUAAAAAUCUGCCUUUGAAUAUUUUAUUCCAAACUGUGCCAUGUCUCAUUGUAGAAGAAACAAUGGUUGAUCCAGCAUUUGAAGAUAAAAAGCAAUCCUAUAUUUACAAAUCCAGUAAAAAAUAAAUAAAUAAAUAAAUAAAUUAACAGUGCAACACACACCUACAAGGCUGACCGGUGGUGAGAAUUUAUGCACUCUUAAUCGAAGCAGAACUACAUAAGUAGGAUUGGUUAAUAACGAAAGUCCUGAUUCAACAAUUGUUUCUUCUUCAGUCUGAUGCGCACAUUAGCCAGUGUGGGCAUGGGGGACUCGGGAUAAAUAGGGUGAGCUUAAAAAUACUUCCUUUAUAUGCAUGUGUGCCAAAUGUCUCAUGCCGGUUAUAAGUCUUAGAACAAGUGGUAUGCUUAUGGCAAAAUAAAAACCCAAAACAACCCAAUCAAUGUACGCUAGGCAGUCCUGGUAAUCCCAAGGUGAUCUGCAAAUACAGGUUCUAACUUGCCCAUGUUGCACCCUCUUUUAUGUUCAGUAAUACUUUUAAGUACUGUAUUAACAUUGUCUGCAUAACUAGUUUUGUUAAGAAUUAAACAACCUUUUAAAAUGCUCAGAUAUUGCAUAGGAAGCCCUGUUUUGUUAAAAUGUUUGUGUGCACAUGGGUCCAUGUUCUUUGUUACAGUGGUCUCAGUACUGUGACAUUCCUGUUUGAGACACUUGUAUCUUAAAACAGGCGCUCCUAUGUCUAUUGAUCUGGGCAGUUUUUAUUUCCAACAAAUUUGAGUUGUAGGUUUUGGCCAUUUUGAAAAUCACUGGCUUGAAGCAAUGAUCUGUUGAGCAUUGUAAAGCUUAGGGAAGAAGUCCCACGCAUUUCAUAAGCAAAUCACUCUUAAAUACAUUUACAGAUACACUGCUUGGCAUCUCAAAGAAAUGUGCAUUAUUGCUGCUUUUAUUUAAGUAUUAAAAGAUAAAAUAAUCGACAAUCAGUGGCUCACCUUUUCUUUCAGGCUUUGAUAUUUAAGUAGCCAUUGGUUUAGUAAAGUCAUCCACUGUAAAUGACUAAACAUCAUGCAUUCUUUUUUGUACCAGAAACUAAAAUGUGAUGAGCCUUAUUAGUUAAGGCUAUUCAUUGUGUUGCAGAAUACAUUUCUAGGUUGUGUUGCGAAGGCUUGUUAUGUUUUUGGCCUUCCAGCACUGUAAUUGGGCUAAACAGCAGAACCAAAGCACUUGCAAGCAAUGCUUUUUUGUUAAAUAAAAAAGACCAUUUUCAGCUUCAUCUGCAGUUUUCUGUGAAGAUUGGCAAAUUUCUACUUGUUUUAAUAAUAAAACCCAAUUUGGAUAUCUUGAGCUGAUGGUUUUGUGAUUUAGCUGGGUAAACAGUCUUUGUAACAGAUAAGUUAUUUAUAAAAAUUAAAAAAAUUAUAUAU